AUGGCGAAUACUUUGAGUGAACAGGGUUCCAAUAACCCAACCCUUCAUCUUGUUCACAGUCAUGCCCACGAAGGAGAAAUCCCCGGCACAGUCAACGUCAAAGCAGUUGAGGGAGAUGACACUGGCUAUGGCCAAGCACUAUUCCCCGUGCCAGCUGAGGACCCCAAUGAUCCUCUCCAAUGGUCCAAGGGCCAGAAGACUAUGAUUCUGAUAAUCGUCUGCAUCUAUUCUUUCCUCGGUAAUUCUGCGCUGCUGGGCGUCGGCCCCUACAUUACGCUGUGGUCUGAAACAUUCAACGUAUCACAGGCAGAGGCCUCUACUCUGAUUUCUUACCCCAAUCUAGCCUACGGGCUUACAGCCUGGUUGCUGGUACCGCUUUAUCUGAGAUUUGGAAGAAGGCCCGUCAUGUUAGGAUCGCUGCUAGCCUUUAUUGCAGGCCUUGCGGGCUGUUCACGAGCAACGAGCUUCAAUGGGCUCCUGGCGGCUAGGAUUAUACACUGCCUCGGUGCUGGUGUAUGUGAAGCCUUGCCGGUCCAGCUUGUCAACGACAUAUUCUUUCUACAUGAACGCGGGAACCAACUUGGAUAUUACACGUUUGCACUGUGCCUUGCGGCACUUGCCACACUUCCGGCAGCCUAUAUGCUCCCCACGAAGUAUUCAUGGAGACUUUUCUUCUACGUCAUCCUGGCUUUCGCCAUCGCACUCUUUAUAUUGGCCUUCUUUUUCGUUGAGGAGACAUCAUACCAGAGGGAAAACCUGGCUGAUACGGGUAUGGCGAAUGAAGACCACGACUCGGCAAACGCAGCUUCAAGCCAAGAGAAACCUGAAUCGUUCGCCGUCGAGCAAGCGACUAUCGUCCCUAAGCGUAAAUCGUUCCUCUCCACCCUCAGUCCACGAGGACGUGUAGAUAGAACGGUACCCUUCUUUACUUUGCUCUGGAGAUCGAUGACCUACAUCCUCGUCCCCCAGGUGCUAUGGGUAAUCACGUCCUUCGGCAUCAUCAUCGGUUUGGGUGGUUUGUCUUUCAACUUCAUCUUCCCGAUCAAGAUCACAGAGCCACCUUAUAAUUGGCCCGCGUCGAUAUCUGGAAUUCAUUCCGUCGGCGGCGUGUUGGGAUUCCUGCUCGCCGUUCCCUUCACACCUACAUCAGACAUACUGGCAGCAUACCUCACGCGCCGCAACAAUGGCAUCCGAGAAGCAGAGAUGCGAUUGGGCGUCAUGCUCCCGGCAAUGAUCGUUGGACCCGUCGGGUUGGUUGUCUACGGUCUAACUGCUCAGUUAAACUUGCACUGGAUAGGAUACUUUCUCGGUGCUGGUAUGGCGUCUUGGUGUGGCUUCUUCUACUACAGUUUCACCUUAGCCUAUGCUGUGGACUCGUAUUACCAGAAUACCUCAGAGAUGCUCAUGGCUAUCAACGUUGGCAAGCAGCUCGUCAGUUUGGGACUGGGGUUCAAGGUAUUGGAUUGGAUCACGCAGAGCAGUUACGCUGCUGUGAUAUCUGCUGGCUUCGGUUCGAUACUACUCGCCAACAACAUGUUUCUCAUCGUGUUCAUGAUUUGGGGGAAACGCAUUCGGCGGUUUAUGUCGACGUCUUGGCUGGCUAAGUUACAUGGUCGAUCAACUGGCACUAGGUAA